CGAACGGGAGUUAUUUGUAACUUAUUGUUCCCUGAAUAUGGACUUGUGCAGGUGUUCAAGAUACUGUGCAGCAAUGGCUCAUCGGGAGGACAACAUGCUUCAGGAGAGAUUCUUCAGUGCUCGGAUUCAGGAUGAAGCCAGCAGCGAUCCUUCUGAUGUGUGUUUGUCCACCCUUUCUGCCAACGAUGACAUUAUUGUUAUUGAUCCCAUCACUCCACCGCUGAGCUCUUUGUCAGCUGUGGAUAAAGGGCAACCAGUAACACCAAAACCUGUAACUGCUGGAAGACACGGGGUGACCUCGGCUACUUCUCUUGAUCAUAUUUUCACGGGGAUGAACAAGAACCCACUGGGGGUGUAUGGGACUAUACCGUCAUGGAUCAUGAGGACCGCACCUCACAAGUGCUCUCUUUGUCAUGAAGUGUUUAGCACAGUCAAGAUGUUGAACAAACAUCUGCUGACUCACCAUCAAGAUGGACAACACGUAUGCCCUGUUUGCCAACGGUCAUUUAAGUGCCACGAUCAUCUCAGUGUGCACCUGGUAACACAUCAGAAGAACCUGUUCCAAAGCACAACCCCUGGAUCAUGGCAGAGGUGCUGUUUCGAUGGCCAUUCUCUACAUCAUCACCAGUGUAGCCCACACCAUGGGGGCUGCCUUAUUUCGACCUCCUCUCAGACAGUUUCCCGUAAUCCAGUUGACCCUGUCGAAGCCCAGUGGAAGGCUUGUUCUGUCGCUGGGGUUCCUCAUUUAGCAGGCUCAGCUGACUACAUUGACUGUUGUUCCAUCUUCCCUGUUCCACCAAAGCCUAUGCCUGAGACACAAUACAUAAUUAGAAAUUGUGGUACCUUUAAAAAGGAACCCAGUUACUUGGGAUUUUCCUCUGUAGGUGGCCUUGGGGUAAGAAGCUUUCCUUCCCAGGCCUUGGAUCCAUGGUUGCAAGGAGAUGGUAAAAGCCCUUCUGAUGACCAAGAACAUGAGCCACGUCCUCAUCAGAGGACAUUUUGUGGUCUGCAGCACCGCUGUAGCCUGAAGCCAGAGCCCAGCAGCAAAUCUGGGGGUCUUUCCUGGGUGAGUCCACUGGACUUCCCUGAGCUCCAACCCCUUGACAGACUUUUCUCAUUUCAUCCCUACAAGGAGGUGGUGAAUUCAGGUGAGGAUCUUACUGUAGAGAUAGCCUCUUGGGAGCCUAAACAGAGUCAGUCUUCAGUUGCAACAAAAAAAGAGCUCGAACCCCACUUGUUCACCAUCUUCAAAGACUCAACCCCUUUCACCCCUUUGGAUCCCAUCACAGCUUCAAACCAUGUUCCUAGCCAUUCUAGUGAAACCCACUUGGUUCAGAAAAACUCCAUUUUAUCAUCCAGAUCCCUUGUCUCAUUCCCCAGUGCAGUGGUGCACCUUCAGCCCCCUACUUUCCAUCCCUCAAGGACAGACAGUAAGAAGACAAUGAUAAGGAAGAAUAAUGUAAAGGGGUCAGAUCUCCUUCCACCACUUCACCCUAGAAAGUGUUUAGCUUCUCAGCAGCAUCUGCAGCCACGCUCUCUAUCCCAAUUCUCUCCAAGCAGGGUGGCAGUGACCUCCUUCACUGCAGACAUCAACGCUAGUCUCAACUCUGGGCAGCUCUCUGAGUUAAGGUAUCCUCACACCAGUGGUGGUGAAGAUGAUCUUCAGGAGGCUUCUGACAGCCUGGCUGGACCACCGAGUGAUCCCAUCACAGCUUGUACCAAAGAUGACCAUUUCUUUCUGCUUGGUGCUGCUCAAAUGCAGAGACUGGGAGCACCUUCAGGUGAAGCUCUGAAGAUGCCCUGUGCUGUUGAGCAGAAUCUACGGACACCGCUGGUCAUUCCUGUCUCAGUCCCAGUCUUGGAGGGGACCCGGGCUGUCGUUGAGAAAGAGGAUGGGGAGCCCCAGACCCCUCCAUCAGUGGCAGCUGAGGAAGCACAGGACAGUGCAGGCUCUUCCAAGAAGACUCAUCACAUUAAGUUUCUCAAGACACUCUUCGUUCCCAGUCCCAUGACCCCAAAGACCUCUACCCAUCUUGACCAUCCAGAGCAGAGCGGUCAAUGGUGCCAGACUGCAGGGGACUACCUGAGCCAGCUGUGCUCCCCUAUCUACCCGGAGCAUCAUCUGUCAAAUCCCAGCUUCAAGGCGCCACCGUACACGCCCCCUCCUAUGUUGAGCCCCCUGCAAUCAGGCACAGCCCUCUACUUGAGCACGCUGCCUUCGCCACAUCACUGCCCACCUCUUCCCAGCACACAGACCACUCCUCAGGAUGCAGCAGAGAGCAUCUCCCUUGCAGUGGACGAGACAGUGGUCACAGUAGAACCGAGGAUCAAUGUGGGCCCCCAGUUCCAAGCUGAGAUUCCUGCGCUGCAGAAUGUGGGGCGAGUCAUCUAUGAUGAGCACCCAGCCCAGCUGGUCUGGGCCCCCUGGGGAGACCUCGCCAGCAACCCACAGACCCAGCAACAAGUGGAGGAGCUGCUGAAACUGUGCUGCUCCAGUGUGGUGCCAGGAGGAGGCGCCAACACAGAACUCGCUUUGCACUGCCUGCAUGAGGUCCAGGGUGAUGUCCUGGCUGCCUUGGAGUUACUUUUAAUCAAGGGAGACUACCGCUCAGCGUCACAUCCCAUGUUGGACUAUCACUACCCAGGAUCAGUUCAGUGGAGCCCUCAGGAGAAAAGAGCAUUUGGUCAAGCUCUGAUGGCCCAUGGCAAAGACUUCCAGCUCAUCCAGAGAAUGGUAAGCCCGUGCUCAAGAGUGUUCGCAGGGGACUUGAAACAUGGAGUUUGCCUCUCAGCGCUUUGCAGUUGCAGGGCAAGUCCGUGGCGCAGUGCGUGGAGUACUACUACGCCAUCAAGAAAGCGAAACACUUGAAGCAGCGAAGCAAAAAGGAGAAGAAGAAAGGAGGUGUUGCCGACUCAGGGGUAUGUGAGGGCUGAGCGCCAGAGCGCCUCACAGAAAGAUGCGGGCAGCACCAGACAGAGCGGCCUGUUGGGGAGAG